AUGACUCAGUCCACUACAAGUGCCGUUACAGACAAUGGAAACAUACCUCCUCAUAACUGGGUUCAUCUCGCUUUGCUGGUCUUUUCGCUUCCGUGGCUACUCAUUCAACUAGUAUACCGAAGACUACUUAAUCUGGGACACAAUGAGAUUUCGUUUAAAGAAGACCUAGCACUUUCACUCAUACGAAGAACUGAAAAUAUACUCAAUUCACCGCGCUUUUGCUCUAAGAGUACCAACCUAUACCAACGAGUGCUUCAGCAAAAUGUUGCUGGAUACUGGCUUUGCAAAGGUCCUGCUGGAAAGGCUGUUGACCCUGGAUCAUGCGAUAUCAUAAUAUAUUAUCUCCAUGGUGGAGCCUAUGUUAGUGGUCAUCCUGGAACUUUCUUACUAGCGGCUUUACGAAUUGCAGAGAUUGCCGAUGAACGCGGGAUAUCUAUUUCCUGCUUUGGUCUUCAAUAUUCGUUGGCCCCGGAGGCGAAGUUUCCGACACAGCUGGAACAGGCCGUGGCGGGGUAUAAGUACUUGUUGGAUCAAAAUAUUGAUGUUUCCAAAAUUGCCGUUCUGGGUGAUUCAGCAGGUGGACACUUGGCCCUGUGUCUCAUGACUUCAUUAAAGGAAGCUCAGUUGCCGAAACCGGGCAGGGGGAUUUUCUUGGUGUCGCCCUGGAUUGAUUUGCUAUGUUUGAAACGUGCUACGUAUGAGAGCAACAAGUACAUGGAUUACAUCAGUCGAAAAUCUGUUCUUAAAGCGUCAAAACACUUGUUGGGCAAAGAUAUCAAACGGGAAACUGCGGCGUGUAUUGAUUUUACCCAGCCACUGCCUGGUAGUCUGUCAUGGAAAGAUAUUCUACCCGCCAGAGUUUGGCUCUCGGCCGGCUCUCAUGAGGUGCUUUUGCAAGAGAUUGAAGAGUUUGCCAGGUGCCUGAGGGAGGACGGUGUGGAUGUACACCUUAGAGUGGAGAGGGGAGGAGUUCACUGCUGGCAAGGGAUGAAAGAUGUCUGGGACAUGUCCAAAUAUUUGAGAACUACUGAUAGCUCUCUGCCAGAAGGCUUGUUGACGGGGACAGCUGCUAUUGGAAAUGCGAUGUUGUCGGACAUGAAGUCCACUUAG